UCGCCCAUGCCUAAUCGAUUUUACCUACCAGAUACUAUGGUCACUUGGCCGUGGAAAACGAGAACCAACCCUCAUGCUGACGAGGUAGAGGAGAAAUGCGUUGAAUGGUGUAACGCGUUUCCCAUGAUGACGAAGGCAUACAAGAAGCUCAAGCCAGAUCACCUUCUCGUCGUAUCUCUCUUCGUCCUCGUCAUCAUCUUGGUCGACGACUGUACGGACGCCGAGAACGCCGACGUAGCUCGGAAAACUGCGGAUCUUGUGAAAGACGCCUUCGAGCACUCCGAUCAGCCCAGGCCUGCAGGCGAAGGGCCCAUCGGCGAAAUCGUGCGCCGGUUCUGGCAAUUCUCUAUCGGGGUAAUUACCGCUAACGUCCAAGUCGCUUUUCUCAAGCACUUCGACGAGUUCCUCGAUUCCAUCGUUACGCAAGCAGGCCAACGCGAUGAGGACGUUCGACUCAGCGUUGACAAAUACCUAAAGCUGCGCAGGGACAACGUCGGCGUCAUGCCUUUCUUCCCUUUCCUCAGAACCACGUCAGGACCUGACCUUCCAGAGGAGAUUUGGGACUCUGCGGUUAUCGCUGAGAUGACUGGCCAUAUCAUCGACAUGUACAUCUUCGAUAAUGAUACGAUUUCCUACGGUCGCGAGUACGCCCUGGGCGACACCGGGCACAACAUCGUAACACUACUCAUGCAAGAGCACGGCAUCGACGUCGGAAGCGCCGUCGCAUGGGCCACCGCCCGCCACGCCGCUGCUCAGAAAGCGUUCAAGGAUGGCCUGGAACGCCUCCCAUCUCUCGGUUCCCAUGCGGAUGCCCAAGUCAAGGAGUACCUGAAUGGGUUGGGAUACUGGAUCAGGGCAUACCACGUCUGGUCCUUCAAGAUCGAGCGCUACUUCGAUGGCCGCGGGGACGAAGUGAAAGCCAGCCGCCUUGUUCAGCUCAAGCCUCCCGCAAGCAGCGUGCAGUCUUCUGCACAUUAACACG